AUGCAAGGAUGGGAAUUGCGGCAGUUGGAUGUAAAGAACGCUUUUCUUCAUGGUGAAUUACAAGAAGAAGUUUUUAUGAAACAACCUCAGGGUUUUCAAAAUCCUCAGCAUCCUAAUCAUGUGUGCAAGCUUCUCAAGUCCUUAUAUGGUCUUAAACAGGCUCCAAGGGCAUGUAAUGCCAAGUUUACAAGUUAUUUACCUUCUUUAGACUUUCAGUCAUCUCAUUCAGAUCCUAGUUUGUUUGUGAAAGUGUGUGGGAAUGAUGUAGUGAUCUUGUUGUUAUAUGUGGAUGAUAUCAUCAUCACAGGUUCUUCAUCUUUCCUUAUUCAACAAGUGAUUGCUGAAUUGAGUAGUGCUUUUGAUAUGAAGGACAUGGGCAAGCUUACUUAUUUUUUGGGACUUCAAAUCACGUACAAAGAUAAUGGUGAUAUAUUCAUUAAUCAAUCCAAGUAUGUGACUGAUCUACUCCAUAAGGCCGGCAUGAUAAAUUGCAGACCUUGUUCCACUCCAAGUAAACCUCAUACUCAAUUGCUCAAAGAUGAAGGAGAACCAUUAGCUGAUCCUACAGUUUACAGAAGUUUAGUUGGUGCAUUGCAAUAUCUCACCUUUACACGGCCUGAUAUUGCAUAUGCGGUCAACUAUGCUUGCCAAUUCAUGACAACUCCAACUGAAGCUCAUGUCUGUCUCGUUAAAAGAAUCCUCCGGUAUUUGAAGGGUACAUGGCAAUGUGGAUUAACUUACUCUGCUCAAGCCAAUAUGGAUUUAUUGGCUUAUAGUGAUGCUGAUUGGGCAGCAGAUAUAAAUACAAGGAGGUCGACUACUGGUUACAUUGUUUUUCUGGGCUCAAAUCCUGUGUCCUGGCAGUCUAAGAAACAAGGCAGUGUUUCUCGAAGCUCAACGGAGGCUGAAUAUAAAGCCUUAGCUAAUGCAGCAGCGGAUGUGGCUUGGAUCCGAUUAGUUCUUAAGGAUCUCCAUAUGUUUCUUCCUUCAGUACCAUUGGUCCAUUGUGAUAAUCUGUCUACAUUGGCAUUGUGUUCUAAUCCAGUUUUUCAUACUAGGAUUAAACACUUAGAUACUGAUUUUCAUUUUGUUCGUGAACGGGUGCAAAAAGGUGAUCUGCAGGUACAGUAUAUUCCCACUGAGGCUCAGAUUGCAGAUGUCUUAACUAAAGGAUUACAUAGUCCUCUGUUUGUUCAUCAUUGUUCCAAUCUCCGACUGGGAUAUCCCAGCUGA